GUGGUGUUGGUGGGCUUAAAAAGAGCUGCAGUUCUGGGGAAAGUCACACAUCUGUAAACUCUCAGAGUGAGCGAUUCAGACAGAAUGAUGGGCCUCCUCUCUCUCCUGCUCCUCGUCAGCACAACUCUACUGAUGUCCACUUCUUCUUCUCAUGCCAGUGGAGCAGUAACUCUGUGCUGUAUGGAGAUUAAAGGCACUAUGGUGCGUCGUGACCUGAUCAAGCGCUACUACAUACAAGACACAGCCAUGUGUAACAUCAAGGCAGUCACGUUUGUCACAGUGAAAGGCAUACGAAUCUGCUCUGACCCUUCAAACCCCUGGGCAAAGAAAACCAUGCAGUACCUGGACAAUAAGAACAAGCCUCACACACUGAAAAAACAUCACAUCACAUCAACUACUACUACUACGACCACCACCGCACAACCAGCAAAACACAACGCUCACAAAACAACAUUUUCAGCUCACAACCCCAAAAUUGCAUCUCAAUGGCCAACAACUCUUACCACAAGACAAUGAAGAACAUAGAAUGUUCCAGUUAUCUCAUAGUAAAUCAGACUAUUGACUUUGAAUAUUUGAACAUUCUCAAAAUGCUGUGUUUAUAACAUUGUUAUAAUUUUUUUUUUUUUUUUUACAAUGUACAAUAUUUAUGUCACUUUAAUGAAUAUCUGGUCACAAUUUAUUUCGAUAGUCCGGAUAGUCCAUCUGUAGAUGUUUAAGAUGGACAUACUAUCAACAAACAAUCUUUUGACAAGCAAGUGCUUGCUAAGGUGACGGUUAGGGUAAUGGUUAGGUUUAGAAUAAAGGUCAGGGUAAGGGUUAAGGUUAGGGCUAGGGCUAGGGUUAAGGUAAGGGUUAAGUUUAGGGUUAGAAUAAGGGUUAAGGUUAGGGCUAGGGUUAAGGUAAGGGUUAAGUUUAGGGUUAGAAUAAGGGUUAGAUAUAGAGCAUCUAAGGAUGGACUAUCCAAAUAAAGUGUUACCAAGUAUCUUAAUAUAUUUAUAAAUUAAUCAAUUAAAUUCACUUCCAUAGUGAAUUUAAUGAUUGUGAUUGUGUUAACUUGCUGACUAUUUGCCAGUAUGCCUGAAUAAUGUAUAAUGUUUCCUUAUAAGGGUUGACUUGUUGUCCAUCUGGUGAUGGUUCUUGUGCAAAAUGGCUGCCAAACAUCACCCAGAUGGUUGCCAGACGUUAGCAAUGGAUGCGCACUGUACAAUGCUGGCUACUGCAGGUGACUGCUGUAGGUAUAUUAGUCACUUUGCUUGUUUCACUGAUGACCCACAAGACCCAUAAGUUCAAUGGACAUCACACUGGCCAUGCUACAAUGGACAGAAGGAUAGACGCAAAUGUUACACAAAUGCUUUUAACCCAUAACUUGAACUUUAACUUUACCCUGAAUCUGAGCUUUUUACCGAAUUUGAAACAGGGCAAGUUUCUCAAGUACUUGCUCAUCAGUUCAGAAAAAAUCAAAAAUUGGUCAGUGGGUCACAGAGGGAAAGCUAUGGGGGACUAACAUAAUUACAGUCUGGAUGUUGUUUCCACCAUAUCACCAUGUACACUUACAUGUGGUUGGAGCUCCAGUGGAGCAAUCGGUUAGCAUGUGGUGUACUUACUAACAUGUAUCUGUAAAUAGGUUACUACAUGUGGGAGGAGAGAAAGUUAUAGGUCUAUCUCUGUUAUCCGUGGGGGUUUUGGGUGAUUGGCCAUUGUGGAGUUAAUAUGACUGUUUGAGGUAUAGUGGAUGUUCUUACAUGCCACAGCGGGUUUUCCCCUCCCCUCUGAACAGACAUUAACGAACACCUCCAUUACUGUUUCCACCGCUCCAUUACAAGUCACAUCACUAUGUGCAUUAUGAAUACUACACUGCUCAAAAAAAUAAAGGGAACACUUAAACAACACAAUGUAACUCCAAGUCAAUCACACUUCUGUGAAA